AUGGACAGAAGGUGGAUACAAAACCCGAACAGAUGCGCAGACGAAUACUUGGAUGGAAUCGAGGAUUUUAUUGAGUUUGCACGUAGACACAACCCGGGUGCAACUAGAAUCCGUUGUCCUUGUAGGAGGUGCAACAACACGUUAUGGGAGACAAUUGAAAAUCAUUUGGAACCUUCACGGGAACAAUUAGAGCAUGCUUCGUCUUCAAAUGCCACAAGAGUGGACAAUGUUCAACCUAUUGUGGAUGCUAAUGAUGAAGUCAUGGAUAUUAUACAGGAUGUUUUUCCAUUUGCAUCGACCAACAUGAAUCAAGAAGAGCAAGAUGAUGUGCCUACACCAAUAGACAGUGCGGAGUUUGAACAAUAUGAGAAAUUGUUAAAAAAUGCCAACCAAGAGUUAUACCCGGGGUGCGAGAGCUUUUCCGUUCUCACGGCCAUUGUGGAGCUAAUGCACGGAAAAAUAAAGUAUCGUAUGUCGAACCUGUGUUUCGAUUACUUUUUGGGGGUUUUCAAGAGAAUGCUUCCGACGGACAAUUUCGAAAGACCAUAA